AUGUUCAGUUCAUUAUUGAAUUCAGCUAAACAAGCCAUGAGCUCGUUAUCAGAACAACCACAUCAAGAGAGUAAAGAUAAAGAAACUCAUGAUGAUCAAAAAAGUGAUGAAGCAAAACCUAAGCCAUCUGAUCAACAGAAAGCUGAAAAUCAACACUCAGAUGUCCUCUCUGGAUUCCUUGGAAUGGCUCAAGAGUUAGGAAAGUCUUUCCAACAACCCCAUCAAGAUAAUCAAUCGAAGCCUGCUGCAAGCGAGAGUUCGAAUGAAUCAAAACAAGAUUUGUUGAGUGGUAUUCUUGGUUUGGCUCAAGAAGUUGGCAAAGUUGUCGGGGAGAAAACAAAGGAAGGCGCAGAAGUUGCUAAGCAAGGAGCCGAAUCUGCUAAAGAUGGAGCAGCAGUUGCAGCUGAGAAAACAAAAGAAACCGCUGAAGGUGCAGUUCGUAUGACUAAGGAAGACCUUGAAAAGUUACAGGCUGGCAUAAGCGCUUUAGUUUCCAAAGCAAGUGAAGCCUACAAUAACUAUUCGAGCAAGGACAGCGCAGAGGAAACAAUAAGCAAAGUCGAUUCUGACGGUGGAAAAGUGCAAUUAUCUAGCACACACGACGGAGAAGAAAAAAAAUCAGCUGAUCAAACAUCUUCUCACCAAUCAGGUGAUUUCCUCGGUAAUAUUCUUGGCAUUGCUAAGGAGAUCGGAAGUGUAAUUAGUGAAAAAACUGCUGAAGGAGCUGAGAAAGCCAAAGAGGGCGCCUCUACUGCAGCUGAUAAAACCAAGCAAACAGCUGAUGGAGCCAUCCAAAUGUCGAAAGAAGAUCUCGAGAAAAUUCAGGCUGGUAUCGGAGCUUUAUUAGGGAAAGUGAGUGGCGCCUUAGGGAAAACUUCGAACGAAGUAACGAAGAAAGCAGAAGAGAUUAAAGAGAAGAGUGAGCCUGUGAUUGAUGACAUUGAGGGCGAAAUUAGCAAAGUUGUUACCGGAGGAUAUACUGCCAGCACAAUCAGUGAGAAUGAUCCAUCAAAUGUAUCAAAAACAGGAAAUAAUUUUACGACUGAUCAAGAAAAUCAAGAAGUUCUCGAUGACAUGCGUGAAGCCGCAAUUGAUGCUGGAGAUGCCAUUUCGAAAGCCGGCACAAGUGUCAUGGAUGCUGCAGUUGGAGGUGCAUCAGCUGUAAUUGGUAGAACGAAGCAAGGUGUGGAAUGGAUGGGAGAAAAAGCUUUAGAAACUGGGCUAUCUGUCAUGGAAACAGUUAUGGACGUUGGCGGAUCUACUGUAGACGCAGCAUUCGCUUCAAGUGAUGGCUCUUCAGAGGUUACUCAUUAUCAAGACAGUAAAUCCACGCACUCCGCUGGAGUGGUUCAUGAUGCGGUGGAUGCUACAAAAAAAGGUGUCACACAAGCUUGUGAUAAAACUUCCGAAGUAGGCAACUCUUUGGUUGAAGAAGCCAAGGAUUUCGGUAACAAGACUUCUGAUUUCGUCCAGGGAGCAUAUGACAAGACCAAAGAAAAUGCUGAUCAAGCUCAUGAUAAGACUUCUGAGUUUGUUCAAGGAGUAUUCGACAAAACCAAAGAGGGCGCUGAGCAAGCCUGUGAUAAGACGUCCGAGGCAGGCAACUCAUUAGUUGAAGGAGCUAAGGACUUCAGUAACAAGACUUCUGAAUUUGUUCAAGGAGCCUUCGACAAGACCAAAGACAGCGCUGAGCAAGCUUGUGAUAAGACUUCCGAGGCAGGCAACUCAUUCGUAGAUGGCGUGAAAGAUUUUGGCAACAAGACUUCUGAGUUUGUCCAAGGAGCCUUCGACAAGACCAAAGAAGGCGCUGAGCAAGCACGUGAUAAGACUUCUGAAGCAGGCAACUCAUUCGUUGAAGGAGCCAAGGACUUCGGUAACAAGACUUCUGAUUUUGUCCAUGAAGCCUUCGACAAGACCAAAGAAGGCGCUGAGCAAGCAAGUGAUAAGACUUCUGAAGCAGGCAACUCAUUCGUUGAAGGAGCCAAGAACUUCGGUAACAAGACAUCUGAGUUCGUCCAAGGAGCCUUCGACAAGACCAAAGAAGGCGUUGAGCAAGCUCGCGAUAAAACUUCUGAAGUAGGAAACUCUUUCGUAGAUGGAGUAAAAGAUUUUGGCAGCAAAGCUUCUGACUUUGUCCAAGGAGCCUUCGACAAGACCAAAGAAAGCGCCGAGCAAGCUCGAGCCAAGGACUUCGGUAACAAGGCUUCUGACUUUGUCCAUGGAGCCUAUGACAAGACCAAAGAAGGCGCUGAGCAAGCUUGUGAUAAGACUUCCGAGGCAGGCAACUCAUUCGUAGAUGGAGUGAAAGAUUUUGGCAACAAGACUUCUGACUUGGUCCAAGAAGCCUUCGACAAGACCAAAGAAGGCGCUGAGCAAGCACGUGAUAAGACGACCGAGGCAGGCAACUCAUUCGUUGAAGGAGCCAAGAACUUCGGUAACAAGACUUCUGAAUUCGUCCAAGGAGCCUUCGACAAGACUAAAGAAGGCGUUGAACAAGCUCGUGAUAAAACUUCUGAAGCAGGCAAUUCCUUGGUAGACGGAGUCAAGAAUUUUGGCAACAAAGCUUCUGACUUUGUCCAAGGAGCCUUCGACAAGACCAAAGAAAGCGCCGAGCAAGCUCAAAGCGCCGAGCAAGCUCGUGAUAAGACGUCCGAGGCAGGCAACUCAUUAGUUGAAGGAGCUAAAGAUAUCACUAACAAGACUUCUGACUUCGUGCAAGGAGCAUAUGACAAGACCAAAGAAAAUGCUGAUCAAGCUCAUGAUAAGACUUCUGAGUUUGUUCAAGGAGUAUUCGACAAGACCAAAGAAAGCGCUGAACAAGCUAGUGAUAAGACUUCUGAAGCAGGCAACUCAUUCGUUGAAGGAGCCAAGGACUUCGGAGCCAAGGACUUCGGUAACAAGGCUUCUGAUUUCGUCCAGGGAGCAUAUGACAAGACCAAAGAAGGCGCUGAACAAGCUCGCGAUAAGACUUCUGAAGCAGGCAACUCAUUCGUUGAAGGAGCCAAGGAUUUCGGUAACAAAACUUCUGACUUGGUCCAUGGAGCCUUCGACAAGACCAAAGAAGGCGCUGAACAAGCUCGCGAUAAGACUUCCGAGACGGGCAACUCAUUCGUUGAAGGAGCCAAGGAUUUUGGUAACAAGACUUCUGAAUUUGUCCAGGGAGCAUAUGACAAGACCAAAGAAGGCGCAGAGCAAGCUCGUGAUAAGGCAGCAGAAGCGGGCAACUCAAUGGUAGAUGGAGCCAAGAGCUUCGGAUCAGCGGUAACUGAUGCAGGUUCUUCUGUUGUCGACAGUGUGAGUGAAGCAGGACAGAACAUCAUGGGAGCAGGAUCUAAAGCAUUGGACAAACUGCUCGGAAAGUAA